AUGUCCAUGAUCCGCACCGCACUCGCAUCUACUUGCCGCGCAGCAGUGAUCACCCCUGCUCGCACGUUCCACUCGUCCCCUGCAGCGCAGAAGACCGUCACAGAGAAGGUCGGAGAGGUCGCCGAAAAGGUGAACAAAACUGUCGGUCGGGGUCUAGCGUCUGCCAUCGAGAAGGGCGAGAAGGCGACAGAGGCAACGAAGCAUACGUUUGGCUCAACGAAACAGAAGGCAAAAGAGGCUUCCGAGGUAGCUGGCCAGAAGGCCAACCAGACCGCUGCAGGCGCACGCGAGGGUGCAUCAGACCUCAAGCGCGACGUCGAGAAGGAAGCGCGCAAGUAG